AGCAGCCUCCCGCCCAAGCGGUGACGUAGCAUUUCCUUUUCCGCUAGAUCUGCGCUCCAGACGGAGUUCCACAGAGCUUGGGAGCUGCUGCGCUGCCGAGCUGCUUCUUUGCCGCGCUGCCGAACUGCUCCGCUGCCGAGCUGCUGAGCUGCAGAAUCUGGCGCUUGGAGCUGCGAAUCUCGGCGAGAUUUCGCGUUGCCCAUCCUGAUCCAUUUUACUGAUCUGAUAAUCAUUAGCGGAUCGCUUUGCCAAGAGCUGGGAAGAACAAAGGAAUCAGGAAGGAGACGCCGGGCCCCGGCCACCUUGCUGCGAGUGGCUUCCUUUUCCUUUCGCUUCGGUCCGGAGAGACUGGAUUUAUAAUCGUUACUGGAUUGUAAGUACCCGAGGCGAAGAGAGCUCACUACGCCCCGCUUCUUGAAUAUCUUUGUUCCGGGAGAGUUUGUGCAUUGAGAGUGUCUGCUGCGCCUUCCUUUCUGUGCCAAAAAUCCUUCCGUAGGAGCCGCCAUUUGCUUUCCUGCUAGCUAGCUCUUCCCGGUGGCCUGCAGCGGCAUCUAGAGGUUGGAACUUGGCAUUGCAGCUAGUAGAUUUAAAAGGACUUAAUAAGUGUUUGUAACCACUGGUAUUCAGUCACAGCGUCUUUAGAAAGACUUGGGCCUUAAUCCACAAUAGACGCUUAGGUGCUUUUCUACUUAGAACUUUUUGUACUUAAAGACUUCAAUUUAUGACGAACUAGUCUUUCUGUUGAAAUAGCCGGAACUUUUUUAGUCCAACAAGUGGUUGAUAGAGAAAAAGUGAGUCACAGAGAAAUAAAGAUGAGUAAGAGCAAAGACGAUGCUCCUCAUGAACUGGAGAGCCAGUUUAUCUUACGCCUACCUCCGGAAUAUGCCUCUACGGUGAGGCGGGCAGUACAGUCUGGCCACGUCAACCUGAAGGACAGACUGACAAUUGAGUUACACCCCGAUGGGCGUCAUGGAAUCGUCAGAGUGGACCGGGUGCCACUGGCCUCAAAAUUGGUAGAUCUGCCCUGUGUUAUGGAGAGUUUGAAAACCAUUGAUAAAAAAACCUUUUACAAGACAGCUGAUAUCUGUCAGAUGCUCGUCUCUACAGUUGAUGGUGAUCUCUAUCCCCCUGUGGAGGAACCAGCUGCUACUGCCGAUCCCAAAGCAAGCAAGAAAAAGGAUAAGGACAAAGAGAAGAAGUUUAUAUGGAACCAUGGAAUUACUCUGCCUCUAAAAAAUGUCAGAAAGAGAAGGUUCCGAAAGACAGCAAAGAAGAAGUACAUUGAGUCUCCGGAUGUGGAAAAAGAAGUGAAGCGCUUGCUGAGCACAGAUGCCGAAGCUGUCAGUACCCGCUGGGAAAUAAUUGCUGAAGAUGAAACAAAAGAAACAGAAAAUCAAGGCCUUGAUAUCUCUUCCCCAGGACUGUCUGGCCACAGGCAGGGCCAUGACUCACUGGAACACGAUGAGCUUCGGGAGAUAUUCAAUGACCUCAGCAGCAGCAGUGAGGAUGAAGAUGAGACACAGCAUCAAGAUGAAGAAGACAUAAACAUCAUCGACACCGAGGAAGAUCUGGAAAGGCAGCUGCAGGACAAGCUCAAUGAAUCAGAUGAACAGCACCAAGAAAAUGAGGGAACCAAUCAGCUGGUGAUGGGAAUUCAGAAACAGAUUGAUAACAUGAAAGGCAAGCUCCAAGAGACCCAGGACAGGGCAAAGCGACAGGAGGAUCUGAUCAUGAAGGUGGAAAAUCUGGCUCUCAAGAACAGAUUUCAGGCCGUGCUGGAUGAACUGAAACAAAAGGAAGACCGAGAAAAGGAGCAGCUCAGCUCUUUGCAGGAGGAGCUAGAAUCACUCCUGGAGAAGUGAGGAGAGUUUUGAUACUUAAUUUCAUUCCUCAGAGUAGUCAGCAUUGAAAGAAAAAUUUUGGUUUCAUCACCUGGACUAGGUACUAUAUAACUUUGCAGUAGUUGCCGUUUUCUUCACUGCCUUCUAUUGGAUUUGUCAUGUCGACAGAUAUAAAUGUGAAUUUCUUUCUCAUUUGUCUUUAAGAACCACUUUUUUAGGUGUUUGUCCUGUAGGAAGUAGGAUGUAUAGACAGAGAAAUGUAAGGAAGUUGUAGGAUUAGUGGAGGGAACAAUUCAACUUACUGAUUAAUCACAGCUUCACUGCAGGACUUUGCUACUGUUUCUCAAUUUACCAGAAGUUGCCAUUGCUAUUCUGUGAUGCCAUCUGAGAUAAUUAGAGUCUAGUCUAAAGGCAGUGAAGCUUGUUUGCAUAUGUUUUCCCAUGCUGUAGCUAUCUUCCUGCUCUUCAAAGCAGUUAAUCAUAUGUAGCAUUGCAAAUCAUUUUCAUAGUUGUUUGACCACAAGAAAUAAAAACAAGUGAUUUUCACCUCA